GGCUGAAAUGCCUUCACCUGUGACAGUGGAGCUUAAUAUUUGUGGUAAUUUCUUUCUCUUCCAUCUGUAGGUUUCUAAAGACCCCUUCUCAGUAAAAUGAAGGUUAUCAUGAUUGGACAAAGCCAGCCUCAAGGACGAAUCGGAGAGAUGAAAACCAGUAUCUAAAGACGCAGCAAUCUUAAGUCAGAGUCGAACCACCCAAGAAAACGUCUGAAGGCAUAGGUCGGUCAGAAGAGCGCCCUCUCACCCCCUGGGGGCCACGCAAGCUAACAGCGGGCCAAGGCCCGGAAAAGGUUUACAUUUUUGCUGAAAAUCAAGAUGCACCUGAAAAACAGCGGUGUCCCAAGUGUUGAGAAUGUCAUUUCCAGUCUGAACCGCCAUGCUACUGAAUGAUGGAGGUGGAGGCCUACAGCAGCAGUAAUGGCGCAGAGACGAAUCACCCCCGGUUUGGGAUGACGCUACAAUCACCCAAAAUCUCGCCACGGGAUGGAGGGGUGUGCCCAGUCUCUGUCAACGGCAGAGAUAUUGCAGUUGCCAAGGCAACUGUUGCAGGAAGCGCCAAAGUUCAGAUGGAGAUAAGUUCAGCAAAACUUCCCCUGGAUGCACCAUCAGCCAUGUUUUCCAUGGAUACAGAUGAUUCGCAGGACAGUGACGAAGAUGUUGCAGGAUCAGCGCCUCCUAGCAUACGAUCAAGUCCAAAUCUGACCUGUGAUAGGAAAUUAUUGGAGAGUGACCUUGACAAUGAGGUAUCCUCCGAUCAGAAGUCUGUCGACGAGACAGAGUCUAAGGUGGAGAGCAGCUCAAGCUUUACUGUCUUUGACGACCCUCUGUCGGAGAAAGAAGAGGAAGACCCCAUAGAGUGUGGGGAAUGUGAUACGGAGUUUAGCACAAUGACCCUGUACAUGGACCAUAACUGUAGCAAGACUGGUUCCAAACCAGACAUGUCUGACCACUUGAAGGGUGCGCGGGCAAAUGGCACAGAGAGUGAACUAAGUGACGUGGAGAGCUUUGAAGGGAAGAUUGUAUAUAAUCCAGAUGGUUCAGCUUACAUUAUAGAAGGGGAUGAUUCUGAAUUAAGUGAAUCAGAGUCACUUAUUGAUAUAAAAGAAGGCAGCAUAGUGGACAAAAGUGGUAGCAGUGAGCCGCCAAACCUUCCUUAUCCCCAGAUAGCAAAUGCUUUCUUUGUACCCAAAAAUCCCACGUCUUUCUUCAACAACUUCUACGUCAUGCCAUCACAACAAAACAUCCCUGAGGCUCCAAUCAUGCAUAGCUAUAGAGUAUACGAUGUCCGUAAAGGGAGCAGAAAAUCUGAAAGGGAAGACAACAACAACACCGAACUGCAGAAAAGUGCUCAAGAAAACAUGGAUGAUCAGUCUCAAACUUCUACCUCACCCGUGGAUGCUACCACAGUUCCUACUAAGCCAAUUCUCAUGUGCUUUAUGUGUAAGCUUUCUUUUGGGUUUGCCAAAUCUUUUGUGUCCCAUGCUGUUGGUGAGCAUGCCAUGACCCUCAAUGAUAAAGAGAAAGGGCUAAUGUCUCGCAAAAAUGCCUCGGCUAUAAUCCAGGGUGUUGGUAAAGACAAAGAACCCCUCAUCUCUUUCCUGGAACCCAAUCCAAACGCAACCCAAGUCUCCUCCUGUACCAAUGCUAGCAGUACAACAGAGAACAUAUUCUGUCAUUCCAGCUGUGUUAGUCCACUUACGGCUAAGGCAAGUACAAAUGUCAGCUAUGUCUACACCAAACCAACUGUCUCCAAUUGUCUUGGUAGCAUGUCAUCUUCAAGUCAUCCUUUUGACCUGUCUAACCACAGAAACAACAAAGAAACAAACUAUAAAUCCAAAUCUUCCUUGUCUCCUCCAAAGACCUUGCCACUGGAUAGCUCACGAAAGAGUUUGGACAGUUUGACCAAAGCUAGUAGUCCCAAGUCACCAAAGAUUUGUAGAAUGUCUCCUUCAGAGAAGUCAGCUCACCAGAAUGAGGUGAUGACAGAACAGGACAGUCAUGGGUCUCGUCAUGCAAAAAAUGAUAUGUUUGCCAAGGAAUCGCACUCUAAUUCUGCCACAUCCUUGUUUGCUUCGCACAAUGGACUGACACAUUGCAGUGUACCGUCCUCACUGGAAGAAACCAUGAUGUCCUCAACAGGUCCCUUCAUGACAGGGUUCCUCGGGGCGUGUGAUGAACAUCCUCAAGGCCGUAGCCAUAGUGUGGAGUGCCCGAAGUGUGACAUGGUUCUGAGUUCGUCAAGGUCACUUGGAGGUCAUAUGACUGUUAUGCAUUCAAGGAACUCUUGUAAGACACUGAAGUGUCCCAAGUGUAACUGGCACUACAAGUAUCAAGAGACUUUAGAAAUUCACAUGAAGGAAAAGCAUCCUGAAAGUGACACUCAAUGUGUGUACUGUAUCACUGGACAGCCCCACCCACGGCUGGCUCGCGGAGAGACCUACACCUGUGGGUACAAACCCUACAGGUGUGACGUGUGCAACUACUCCACCACGACCAAAGGUAACCUCAGUAUUCACAUGCAGUCCGACAAACAUCUCAACAACAUGCAGGAACUGGCGAAUGGCGGAGAGCUGAACAAGAUGGCAGCACCGCAGUCCUACGAGGACACCAGCCUGCAGAAGAAGCAGCAGAAGCCGAAACCAACAUGGCGCUGUGACGUGUGUAAUUACGAAACGAAUGUAGCUCGAAACUUGAGGAUUCACAUGACAAGUGAGAAGCACACCCACAUGAUGGUGCUUCAGCAGAACAUGAAGCAUCUCCAAAUGAACCCAUUGGGCCUGUUUGGCCAACAGGAGCCGACUUUGAUAGGGUUUCCACAGAUAGCUCCUGCAGGAUUCCCCUACGACCAGUUUGACCAGCCCAUGUUCUUGGCCGCGAUGCAUGGCAGCAUGAACUUUCCAAUGAACCUGGCCAACAAGGAGCAUGAAAGCAUGAUGCCACCUGAAACCAAUGGUGGACAUCUGGGAGACCAGGCAGAGCUGUUUCAGUGCUGUGUAUGCAACAUUUACUCUGUAGACUCAGUGGAGGCACUACACCAGCACAUGCAGAUGGAUCGCACCAAACAGCGAGAGCACGACAACAUAAGCAUAGCAGGAGGGACGUACAUGUGCAACCUCUGCAGUUACAAGACCAACCUCAAGGCAAACUUCCAGCUUCAUUGCAAGACGGACAAGCACUUGCAGCGUUUACAGCUUGUUAACCAUAUACGCGAAGGUGGGCCGAGUAACGAGUGGCGACUGAAGUACCUGAACGUGAGUAACCCUGUCCAGGUGCACUGCAAUGCCUGCGACUAUUACACCAACAGUAUUCACAAACUACAGAUCCAUGCGACCAACCAUCGGCAUGAGAGCAACGCGCACAUGUUCCGCCACCUUCAGAUCUGCGAGAGUCGCAUCAAGUCCAGCAACAAGUACUACCACUGCGCCCUCUGCAAAUACUCGUGUAAGACGAAGCUGGGACUGAUACAGCACAUCCGCUCGAUGAAGCACCUGCGCCAUGAGAAUCUUCACCAGCUACAGGUGAAGCACCAAGGUAACAGCGAGGCUCUACAGAUGGCUCAGGUCUACCAGGUGAAGGAGUAUAAAGAGGGGGAACACAUCAACUUUGAUGAUACAGAUGGUGACCGUGAAGAGGAGGCCACAGCACAAGAUGGUGAAAUUGUUGACAAACAGAGCACAAUGCCCAGUCUACUUCACAGUCCCUCGGACAUAACCUCCCAGCCAGACGCCACUCUCUCAGCCAGUAGAGCGCCCCCUACCUCGUCUCCAUCUCUGAGCUCUGGAGGUAACUCUGCCACACCACGCGGGUCCAACACGCACAUCAGCCCCUCGACUAGGACAGGAAACGCCACACUCCGCGACAGUAAUGGGAAUAUUGCAAACAACAACAACAACACGAUAGAGUUGGCGACUGGUACGCCAGUUGCCUCUACGAGCUCUGGGUCUUCCAUGACUGAUACGGCCACAACUUCCAGCAGCAACAACAACAACGUUCUAGGGGCAUCAGAACAGGAGGAUCAGGCUCAGGUGUGUCCGUACUGUAACUUCAGCAGUGUAAACGAGAUGAGACUAAAGGCCCACGUUCUAACACAGCAUGGCCAGGUGCCAAGGGAGAUCCAUUGCCCUCUGUGUCAAGAUGAGUUCAAAGAAAAGGAAAAACUCGAAAAACAUUUGGUUCAGGUUCAUAAUGUAACACCAGAAGGACUUCAGCGACUGUUGGUGAUGGUGGACCAGUCUGACUGGAUGGUACCGACCAAACCCCAGGCACCGACACCCCCGCAUUUCCCUGCCAAUGAGAACGAUGAAAUCAAUGUGGAAGCUAUUGAGGAGGCAGCCAAGUUAGCUGCAGAGGAAGCUAUUGAUACAGCUGCUGUCCAAGAGAAGCCAGAUGAGGAUCAGUAUAGAUGCCAAACUUGUGCCAAGACUUUCUGCAAUAUAGAUGCUCUGUAUGCCCAUCAGAAUGAGCUGGGGCACUUGGAACUCAAACAGACCCCUCGUGGACCAGGAUACCUGUGCUGGAAAAAGGGCUGCAAUCAGUAUUUCAAAACUGCUCAGUCUCUACAAGUUCACUUCAGAGAAAUCCAUGCCAAAAGGCAGCAACUUUCAGUAGCUGAUCGAAAUGUCUACACCUAUGGAUGCAAUCAGUGUACGUUAGCUUUCAAGUCUGCGGACAAACUUCAAAUCCACACACAGUAUCACCUCAUCCAAUCCGUGACCCAGUGCAAGCUGUGCAACAGAAGUUUCAGAUCCAUUGCCUCUCUGAGAAAGCACAUCGAAACAUCCCAUGUUGAUGUGAAUGACAAUGAAAAAGACAAGAUUCACGGUAGCCUAGCCGCAAACGCUUUAGCUUUGUUGAAUGCUGCUGGCUCUGAAAUAUUCACCAAUUCCAAGACUAGUGAAUCUUGUUCUGAGGAGAACAAGGAGAAUCCGGAGGGUUCCUCUUUUCAAGGAGAAACGCAUAAUGAGCUGGCCAUGGAUAUGGACUUCACUACAGAGGAAUCCACUAACCAGAGCCAAGACAGAGUUGAUGCACUGCCCCCACCAGAGGAGGACAAAGUUAAGCCUGGGGAAAGGUGGAACUUCCAGGAGUACAAAGAAGAACAAUUCAUGGAGGAUUACAUGAACAGUCAAUCUAUCGCUGAAGGCAGCUAUGACGACUCCUCAAGAAAAUACAAAUGUCAUCGCUGCAAGGUUGCUUUCACGAAGCAGAGCUAUCUGACUGGCCAUAAUAAGACCCUUCAACACAGAAAAGGAGACAAGCUUAGCUAUCCCAUGGAGAAAUAUCUUGAUCCCAACAGGCCCUAUAAGUGUGAUGUCUGCAAGGAGUCCUUCACCCAGAAGAACAUACUCUUGGUUCACUACAACUCCGUUUCGCACCUUCACAAACUGAAACAAGUUGCUCAGCAGGGCGGGCAGCCCACUGCCUCAUCUACCCCUUCCCCUGCUCCUUCUCCAGCUCAGACAAUGAUGGUGUCGGCACAGAGUAGCAGCCAGUCCCCAGCCCAAAGCUCUGCUGACUCUGGAGACAAAAAGCCAUACAGGUGUAACAUUUGCAAAGUGGCUUACAGCCAAGGGUCUACUUUGGAUAUCCAUGUCCGGUCUGUUCUACACAAGACGAGAGCUUCCAGGCUGCAAGAAUUGGUAAUGGCAGGACAAAUUGACCCAACUCAGCCACUCAUUGAGCAGCCAGACAUGCAAAAGUCUCAACAACAGCAGCAGAAGAAACUCUUGACAGAAAUGUUACAGCCAAAACAACUUUCUGAAUUAGUUGGUGGAAACCCUCUUGCCACUGGUCAACUAUUAUUCCCUGGAUUCCCAACCAGUUUCCCAAGUAUGCCUGGAAUUUCCAGUCCGUCUUUGGUGUCUGCAAGCCAGGCACUUCAAACACAUUUUAGUCCUGCCCUGACUGCCCAAGCAUCACUGGUGUCCAGUUCACAUGGAAGCCGGCCAUCACUCCCUGCUAACUUGGCCCUUGAUGUUCAGAAUGGUAAAAAUGAAACGGAGUCCACACAUUUGACGCAAUCUUCAAAAUCAGUCACCUCACAGGCUUCUGUUUCCACACCCUCUACUGACCAGUCAAAAGUUAUAUCAUCUGAGCAAAAUGAAUCGGAACAGAACCGUUCUACCCCUACAUCACAACCAAAGAAUCCAUUUGCAUUGGAAUCAUUUGCACCAAACUCAUUGGCGGCUGCAAUUCACGACGCUGUGACAAAACAACAGUUGCAGCAGCAGCAGCAACAGCUACAGAUGCACCUGGAUUCAGUUGGUCAGAUGUCAACAGCUGCUGCCAUCUCCUCAGUUUCUCAGAUGUCAAGUACUUUCCGCUCUCGCAGUUGCUUUGCUAGAUUCAAACCUCAAGUUCAUAAGAAUCUCCUGGAGAACAUAGGGUUUGAAUGUGUGAUGCAGUUCAAUGAGUUCAAUCAAACAUCACCACCCAAAAGGGAGAGAGAAGACAAAGAUGAGGAUAGUGAAGAGGAGCACGAAGAGGUAAAUGGUGAAACCAAAAUGGAGACAGAUGAGAAAACCAAAGAUGAAGAAACCGUUGAUGUCAAAGACAACCUGCCCGAGAUAAACCGUAGCAUCUGUUCCACAUGCCAUAAGGAAUUCUCAAGUGUUUGGGUGCUAAAAGCCCAUGAGGAAGAAUUUCAUCGAGUGAUUGUGCCCAUCGAAGCUGUGGAAGACUUUGGUGAAAAGUUUAAAACUGACUAUGAGAAAAAACAACCCAAGGAACAAGAACAGACUCUCCCACCUCAGGGUGCAGCGUCUGGGAAUUCUGCUUCCACUCCUACCCCAGCAACAAGUAGUCCUGUGAGCAUGGAGAGCUUGACGUCUGACACUGUGCAACAGAAUCCUCUUGACAUGGCUCCUUUGUCAAUGCCAAUGUUUAAUAUGAUGCCAAUGCCAAUGACCCUCAACAUGCCAAUGGCAAUGAACAUGCAUCCUCCAUUAAUACCAAUGAUGAUGCAGCACAACAUGGAUGGCAGUUUUACUCCUCCCAUGUCGAUGAUGGACCCAAGCGUUCUGUCACAGCAGAAGCAAAUACAGCUUCAACAGCAGCAACAACAGGUUUCACAAAACUCAAAAAGGGCUAGAACUCGCAUCAGCGAUGAACAGCUCAAAAUACUUCGAGCUCACUUUGAUAUUAACAACUCUCCAAGUGAGGAGCAAAUCAUUGCUAUGUCUGACCAGUCUGGUUUACCGCAGAAAGUCAUCAAGCACUGGUUUAGAAAUACAUUGUUCAAAGAGCGACAACGAAACAAAGAUUCACCGUACAACUUUAAUAAUCCACCAUCCACUCAGCUGAACUUGGAGGAGUAUGAAAAGACAGGAAAGGUCAAUACUGAGAAUAAGGAUGAUGCAGAUGAGGACAGAGGGAGUGUUGCCUCUACACCGACUCUCCCAGCACCAACAAUGAAGGAACAAUCAAAGGAAACAAAGACAAGCAUGGAGAUUCCUGUGAAUCUGGGUUUGGUCAAGAGUGAACAAAUUGAGCCUCGUCUGCCAAUGCCUCCGGUGACAUCUUCACCUCCAACUUUAGGGAUACCUAUGCCGUCCCUGACCUCUCCUGCUUCAUCAGAGACAUCUGACUUCGCAGAUACCAAGAUGUCUCCAUCAUCGGGCUGUAAGCGGGCAAUUCGCACUCGCUUUACAGACUACCAGAUUAAAAUUCUUCAGGAGCACUUUGAACAGAAUGCUUACCCCAAAGAUGAUGAUCUAGACCACCUGUCCAAAAUGCUUAACCUCAGCCCAAGGGUCAUUGUUGUCUGGUUCCAAAAUGCUCGCCAGAAAGCAAGGAAGAGUUACGAGAAUCAACCAGUGAUGGACCUUUCUGCUGAAGAUGGAUCCCAGAAGGGUGCAUUGACCUCAAGAGAUACUGUAACAUCAUUCCCAUGCAAAAAGUGCUCUGCAGUCUUCCAGAAACACUACGAGCUCAUCAGACAUCAGAAGAACAAGUGCAUGCCGGAGGAGGACUUACGCUCAAAUAAUCUGUCCAGAACAGGUGCCUCUAUCAGUGGAGAUGAUGACAGCCGUUCAGAUAUGUCACCAGAUGACCUGAGUCAAAAUGCAAGCUCAGAUGCCCUGUACAAAUCCUAUGAUACUGACAAGGAUGAAUCUCGAGACAGCUUGUCUGCUGGAAACUUCAAAUGUGAGAAAUGUAAGCUGACAUUCAAGCACUUCGAACAGUGGAAUGAGCAUCAAAAUGUUCAUAUGAUGAAUCCAACUCUCUUCCCACCUUUUCCACCAGGAGAGAGUGCUUUUGCAAUGCUACAGAGUGUUGCCCAGCAGCAUGAAAAUAAAACACCAGUAAAAAGGAAGAUGGAAGAAUAUCUGGAAGAUUUGAAUGAGCAACCUCGGGACAAAAGGCUGAGAACAACGAUCCUGCCAGAGCAGCUUGAUUAUUUGUACCAGAAAUACCAGCUUGAUUGUAGCCCAAGUCGCAAACAGCUGGAGAACAUAUCACGAGAGGUAGGCCUGAAGAAAAGGGUUGUUCAGGUUUGGUUUCAGAACACAAGAGCUCGAGAAAGGAAAGGCCAGUAUCGAGCACACCAGCAGCUUAUAAACAAGAGAUGCCCAUUUUGUCGAGCAUUGUUCAGGGCCAAAUCAGCACUGGAGUCUCACUUGGCAACGAAGCAUCCGGAGCAGAUGGCAAAAGGUGAACUCAAUGUGGAUAACAUUCCUGAUGCCUCCACUGAUAGUUUACCAUCGACACCUCAGCCACCUAUGACUCCAAGCUCUUCAGCCAGCACUCCACAAAACUUUGACUUCAGUAAGCUGAUGGUAUCCCAGAUGGGAAUGCAACCAUUUUUACCAUUUAUGUCUCCUGGGGGAAUGUCGCUUUUCCCACCAACAGCAGACCCACUACAAAUGUCCAUGAAAAAGAUGUAUGAGGAUUCCUUGAAAAAGUACAUUGAUGAACUGAGUGCGGCAAGCCAUGUCCAGCAGAGAUCCAUGGUACCAGAGAAUUUGCCAAAGCGUUCGUCCGCUACAGAAACUCGUAGUAGUGAUUCCAAGAAGAAAAGUUCAGCAACAGCAGAUGAUGAUGAUGCUCCUCUGGAUUUGAGUAAGCCUGUGAAGGUUUCCGUUGACUGCGAGAAAAUGUCUGAGGGUCCCCCAACCGAUGCUAGUGAGAAGAGCUUUGAUGACUUUCACACUAACAGACGGCGAAGCAGCUUGGAUGACUCCUACUCUGAAACCCAUUCUGAAAAUGAACUGGAUCUUCACAGCUUAACAGGAAGUAAUCCGACCUCCCCAAAUUCACUUUACGGUAGGCACAGCUCUGGUGGGAAGCGUUACAGGACACAGAUGACAAACCUACAGGUGCGUGUCAUGAAGACGCUCUUCACAGACUACAAGACUCCAACCAUGGCAGAAUGCGAAAUGCUUGGGAGAGAAAUCAGCCUCCCAAAACGUGUUGUUCAGGUUUGGUUCCAGAAUGCCAGGGCAAAGGAGAAGAAAUCCAAAUUGGCCUACCAGAAGACAUUUGGGACAGAGGUAGACUUCACCAGACCUCCAGAAGACUGUAACCUGUGCAACUUUAAAUACUCCCAUAAAUACACAGUGCAGGACCAUAUAUUUACCAAGAAGCAUAUCGAAAAUGUUAAAAAGUUUUUGCAGACACAGGCAGAGGCUGAGAGAGAGAUGACUGACCCACGGGGAAUGUCUCAGAUAUAUCAACAACAACAGCAGCCCCGCGAUGGGGACAAAGUCUGUCGGAAACUCUGGGAUGACUCCAGUUCACAGAUCGCACAGCUUCAGGCCAUGGGCUACAACUCAUCGUCUGCAGAUAACAAGAAACCUGCUGUCAAGAAAGAGGUCACCAGUACGGUUUCCACCAAGAAGGAAGAUAUUGGUACAUCUAAGCGAAAGACAUCCUCCACUGCCACAUCAUCUGCUGCUAGUGCUGUAGCGGCUGCUGCUGCAGCUGCAUCCUCAACUGCUGAUGCAUCCCUGCCAUUGCAAAUGAUGUCACCAUUUGCCAACUUCUUGCCUAGCAUGGACCCCAACAUGUUGUCUUACAUGUAUCCUGGGAUGCCUGGAUUUUACCCUGGCCUAGGAAUGCCCUUGAUGCAGCCUGGUUUCUUCCCUGGUGCAGAACACUUAUUUGCUGCUUAUGAUCCUACAACCUAUGGGACUCCUCUACCAUUGCUGCAGAUACCUCAACAAACCAUCAAGUCUGUCGCUGCUAAACUCACAGAUCCCAACUCGUCUCUAGCCCAGUAUACUCAGGAUUGUAAAUCCUUUGCUGAUUUGAAAACUGCUGUAACUAGUGCUGACUACAAACUGGCUCAGGAAGCCACAGUAGAUGUGGGUUAUAUCUGCAAGAAAUGCCAGAUGGUCUAUCCGGGCAAAGAAGCUUGUGAUACCCAUCAGCGGAGUGUCUGCUUCAUGGGCAAAACACCGGACAGUGUCAAAAUCCGUCUCAAAUUGGAGCAAAUUCAGUAUGAGUGCAAAGCCUGCCAUGAGAAGACAUCAACCAUUCAUGAGUUCAAGGUCCACUGCCAAAUGGAGGCUCACAAAACUAAAGCAUCAAAGUAUCGACAACAACAUUCUUCUUCUGCUAGCUCGCAACAUCACAGGAAAACCACGCCUGCCUCACCAUCAUUAACUCUUCCCUUCUCAUCGUCACCAUUAGCCAGACAUGGUUUAAUCUCAGAACACCCCGAAGCUAUGGCAGCUGCGGAGAAAAUUCGGGCGGACUUGCAGGCACGGUUGCUUGCCAAUAUGAGCCCGAAGUCAACUGUCAAUUGCAAGAGAGACUCAAAAUCCACAUCGCUGCUCGACUCUGAGUCGGACGCUGUGGAGCCUCCAAAAAGAGGCUCUGAGCAGGAAGAUGUUCCAUCUGAAACGUGCAACAACAACGGUCCUGCUGAGGAUCUCAGUGUAAAAUCAGAGUGAAGGAAUGACUGACUGUGUGAGUGUUGACAAUGAUCUUUCUAUACACAGCUGGCUAGAUUUUGCGAACCCUGACGUGAAAUAUUUCUGGCAGUCUGUUGUGGGUUGAACAUUACCUUAAUCAAGGUCAAUUUACAGUGGAAGUGAAAUAAUGCAGUCUUUUAUUGUUCAUAUAUUGUUUUUUUUUUUUUUUUGCUGGUUGCAUUGAAA